UGAAUCUUAAAAAAAAUAAACAAAAAUAGAAACAUAUUAAGUAAUAAAAUUCCAUAUAUCGUGUAAAUGAGUUCAUAAAUAAAUUAUGAUACCACGAUUUGCUGUUGAAUGUAUCAAAAUGCCGCAAAAACCAGAGCAAAGUACGAGAGCAAGUUGGCGAAUAGCAAUACUCUCCGUCGGCACAAUACUGCUGCACGCGAUCGCCACAGUGACGGUGGAUGCGUCGGCUAUAGCGAUGGCGACAACAGCGGCGACAGUGCUGACAACGGUGGCGGCAACACCGUCAUUGAACCCUUCAACGCCAGGGUUUCUAAAACGGAGCAUCCGAGUGGGAUACAAUGGCAACGCAGUUAUAAUAUGCAAAACAUUCGAUCUAUCAAACACGUGGUUUCAUGAAACUACAAAAAAUAAAACAAGCAAUCCGCUAAAUACUAAAAAAAAGAUUUUAAAUAACUAUGCGGUGCUGCUCUUAAAAUAUAUUAAUCAAACCGGUAUUUACCGAUGCAUGCAAGGUGCGGAAAUUUUGAGCGAAACUAUUUUGACAAUUGCUGAAUCAGACUUAACAUCGCCGGAGAAAAUACAAAUUGGAACCGGUGAUGACGCUGCACUUAUUUUCGUCCAUGACAGCAAUAUCAACAACAUUGGUUACACCAAUAAAACAUUAUAUCAUGACUACAGCGAUAAUAGAGACGAGAAAAUCGAUAAAAUUGAACUCGAUGAUCAGCUUGCAACAUUACUUUUGAUAAGGAAUGCAUCAGCUAAAAAGUCUACAUUCACAUUUAACUAUGGGGAUGGUCAAUGCAGCAAUGAAUGGGAACUCGAUGUGGGAAAAGCUCCGGAGUCAGUAGAGAGUUUUAAAUGCAGAGGUGACAACUAUGAAUCUAUGAGAUGCAGAAUGUUCUAUCCACCAAAUAACUUACCAACAGUAUAUAAAAUAUCAUAUGAAACAUUACAGAACAAUAUUGUAGAUUGCACACUGGACAACGGCUCAGACCAUGAUAUAACGUUGAUGGCGACAAAUAGCGGCAAAUGUAUUUAUUAUCCAUCCCAAGAAUUUCAUAAUUUCACUUUGAUAGCGACAAAUGCUUUAGGAGAAUACACGAAUAAAAUCUCCAUAAACACCCAUAAGAGCGUCGUGCCGCCAAAAUUGCAAAUCUAUGUGGAAAACAUAACCUCCAAUAGCGUAUAUUUAUCAUGGAAAAACCGUAAGCAAGAUUACUAUAAGGCCAUUGGAUUGGAAUAUAACAUUACCGUUGAACCGGAUGACCACGAAAAAUACAAUUUAACCGAGUACAGUGAAAGGUUGGCAUAUAAUUUCACACUGCCAAACCUUCCCUAUGCCAACUGGCAAUAUGUUUUGAAUGUCUCAGCACGUGUUAAUUGCAAUACAAGCGAAUGGAACGAACCAACUAAAGUGGUUUUCAAAACUGCGCCGCGUCAACCCGAUCGUGCGCCACGCACUUAUGUUGGUGGUUUCGACAUUAAUGAGGCAGACAUAAUAACUUUAUAUUGGGAGGGUUUGGCAGAUUACGAGAGAAAUGGUGAAAAUUUCACUUACGUUAUUCAAGAAUUGGACAUGUAUGGACAAGAGUUAAAUUCAAAAGAAACCAAUAGCACAACAGUUGACUUUCGAUGGGUCUCAAACCAUCCUAGAAUUUAUAAAAUAUUCGGCAAAAAUGCAGUCGGUGCAUCGUCAAAUGCAAGCAUAAUACGAGUUGUCUCACCCAGAGAAUUCAGUCCUCCAUUAGAAAUUGAGAAGUUGUCGGGUUCCAUGCACUUCACAGUUGUAGAAAAUACGAGAACCAAUUAUACCACACACGCGAAGGAUCAACUUAUAAUGGCCGUGGCAGCCAACUAUCCACGCGGAAAGCAGAUAACUACGUUUGACGUUACCGACAAGUCGGAGUCGAGCAUCGUUCUAAAAUGGAGUAAUCCAAAUUGUAACAGUGCAUUCAAUGGCUACAAUAUUACCUAUUGCAUAUUGAACAAUAGCAUGGUGUCCAGUUGUCAUUCAGAGCGCGAAAAUUCGACACAAACACCUGAACCGCCAACUAAUCUAAAUUAUACGGACGUAACAAGUCAUUCGGCGAAAAUUUCAUGGAAAGCGCCAACUGAAAGACAUGGAGUUCUGACAAAGUAUUAUAUUUGGUAUAAAAAAUACAACGAAGCAGAGGCAAAAUACAAUGAGACCACUAACGUGUCUUAUACGUCUUAUACAUUAAACGACCUAAGCAGUGGAUCUGUCUAUGAGGUAUGGCUAACGGCGUGGACAAAACAUCAAUCAAUUAAGAGCGCUUCAGUGAAUAUCACCACCAUGAUUGGCAGAACAGAUAAUAAACUCGUGUGCCGCCUAAAAUAUCCCGGUUGCCCGAAGGGCGUACAAAAUAUGCAAGUACGCACUAUCAAUGUGGUAGCCGAAAAAGAUUUAGAUAAGAGCACGUUUACUAUCGCGGGCGAAGGAAUGCAACGAGCACGCCGUCACACCAGUGAUCCUUCAUACGCACCAAGUACCGUUCUGCACGCAGGCAACUGCUAA